AUUAAAAAAGAAAAGAAAAGAGAGUUAUCUAAACGCGUGUCACUUACUCUCUCUACGAAUAUACGAUUCCAUUUUCAUUCCCCAUUCAGAUUCAUCAUCACAAGAAGUUGAAAUCAUGACAAAGACGAUCGAGAUUCCUGCUUGAUUGAGGACACAACCUUCCUUCCUUCUCUGGUGACGAUUCAGCUUCUCUUGUUUGGAUCGGUUUCGCAUAUCCAAUUCAAUCAGUGACGAAAGAUCGAAGCUUUUAGAUGGUAUAUUUGCAUAGCUCAAUCUCGGUCUGCAACCCCGUCGACCAAGCUAUGCCCGCCCGUAAACUCAACGCAGCCACCUCAUCACCAUCACCCCCCACCACCUGCUCCAGCUUCCCCGUCUGCGAAGGCUCCCACUCCGCCGCCAUCGACGUCCUCCUCCUUAUCGCCGUCAUCACAUCCUGCGGCUUCCUCUUCUUCCCUUACGCCAAGCUCAUCGCCCUCGCCUCCUUCUCCAUCUUCUCCGACAUCUCCCUUUUAGUCAAGCAGGAGAUUCUGCACAACCCUAUAGUGUACGGUUCGUUGGCUCUGAGCGUCUUCUGCGCCGCCGUCUCCGCUUGGCUCGUCGUACUCUUGUGCACGAUGCACAGGUGCGGGAAGCCGAACUGCAAAGGGCUGAGGAAAGCGGUUGAGUUUGAUAUUCAGAUUGAGACUGAGGAUUGCAUCAAGAGCAGCUCAAAUAGUAAUGGGAAGAAGGGGAGGGUUGAGCUGCCUCGUGUCCAUCACCGUGAGUUGGAAGCUGAGCUGAAGAAGAUGGCGCCUCCUAAUGGGAGGGCCGUGCUGGUUUUUAGAGCCAGGUGUGGUUGUUCUGUUAGGAGAUUAGUUGUUUCGGGGCCGAAGAAGCAGCAGCGGAAGAUCAAGAAGUGAAAAAGAGAAAUGAGAUGGUGGGGGAUGGUUAUACUUUUCUUUUGUUUCUCACAAAACACUUUUUUUUCACAAGAACUUACUUAUAUAUAAUGUUAAUCUAUGUGUUUAAAAAAUAAGGUGCAAUGGGGAUAAGCAUUGUAAGGAUAAUGUGGGAAACUUGGUUAUAGUGAAUCAACAUUUUGCUUUUAAUC